UAGUUCAUUGUUCACCAAUUACCAAUAUGGCGGAGAAAUUUUACAAAAGCAAAUGAAUGUUUGGCUUUCUGUGUUCGGUUUUUGACCUUAGAAAAUGGUGAAUGUGAAGUUAUGGGUUAGAUCAGAACCUUUUGAUGUUAGCACUAUUCAAAUGCCGCCGCCAGCCAAGCUGACAUUGAGUAAUCUUCAAAAGCUGAACACCUAUGCUAGAACCAAAGGAAAUGCUGGUUAUCCCCGCCUCAGCUAUCCCAUUUGGAAACAUGUGGCAUGUGAAAAAUUCAAAAUGUCCGAGGAACUUUCAUGGAUGUAUUUUGAGACGUUUGACAUGGUUGCUGAAGAUAGCUGUACAACACAGCUCAAAUGGAAAGAGGAUUGCGCAAAAUGUUCGACAGCUGAAGAUAAAGAACGUCUAAAAUCAGGAGUUUCCGUCAGCAUGCUUGAAUUCAUUAUAUUUCUGUACAUUCAACAAGUUCACAAGAUCUCGUUGAGGGAAAGUCUCGUUGGUGGAGAAGAAUGGCCUACAAAAAAUCGAUCCCCAAUUGAUUUGGAUCGUAAGGGGAUGAUUGGAUCUAAGAGUUUAGAUGAACAUGGUCAAUUGAUGUUUGUUGUCAAUCAUUUGGAGGACAUAUUGGAGCUUGUCUCUCAACCGGAAUCAUAUUCCUCUUCACUUGGUGGCAGAGGAAGUGAUCCAACUUUAACAGACGAAGCAGUUCAUGCUUUAGGCUUUUUAAUUGCAGGAUCCUUUGAUAAAAGGUCCGUAUCUGACUUGCAAAAACUUGCUGCAAUCUCGUCCAAAGGCGAUGGAUACUCGACGCUGUCUCGCACGUGGUCUUUUCGUCAUCUUAAAUCAUGGAUCCGAUCAAAUCUCAGUGUCAGUCCUUUUGGCGUAUCCGCGUGCUUACUUUCCGAUGGUUUAAAGGCGCGUAACGGCGGUACCAUGGAAACAAGUACUCACGGUAAAACAGACAUCUUGGAUUUAAGUCAAAGUCUCGAAGAAACAGAACAGACAUGUAAGCACCCUGAAAAACACGAGACGACGCUUCAAGGUGGCACGGUUGGCGGUAGAAUAAUUAAGAACACAAAAUACGCUCCACCAAGAAAUCGUUUGGUGAUACUUUAUCAAAUCUGUAAACAGACCAUCGCCAAGGCUGGGGAUCAUUUAAUCGACAUCAACAUAAAAGUCCAUCGUUGUCAUUACUCCUACAUAUACCUUCUUGCUCCAGUUUGGUCAGCGACAUUAGAAAAAUGUCACAAUUCAACGAUAGUUUUGGGGACCGUUAAAACGACAGUGAAUGUCUUUGGUUGUGAAAAUGUCACAGUAAUUGCCAUGUGUAAUCGACUUACUGUCAGUGGAUGUAGUGAUUGCAUCUUCCACGUCUGUACAAUGACGCGGCCAUUGUUGUUUGGUGGCACUGGGAACGAGAAUCUAACUUUUGCUCCUUAUCACACGUAUUAUCCAAUGUUGGAGUCUCAUAUGUUGAUGUCGGGACUGUCGGCGAAUGUGAAUGAAUGGAAUAAUCCUUUGUUGCUGGGUCAUGACGAUGAGAGUCACGUGUUCCAAGAAAUGGACCCAAGUGCAUUUUUCACGUUUUCCAUUCCGUUUGACAUGAGAGGGAAAACGAAGAGAUGUCCCGUUCCGUUACCUGAGAAAUAUGAACUUGCUCUUCUUUCUCGCGAAAAGCGAGUCGAAGACUGGCAUCAGUUAGUACGUGAUUCGAAGUUGUCAAAAUCACAGCGUAAACAACUACAGGCGGCCGUUCAACAUCGCUUUCAGGAAUGGCUUUCAGAUACUGGCAAUGCCCAUCAACUGGAAGGCUUACUGCCUGCUUUAACCCACGCAAAACAAAACAAUAUAUGAUUUAUUUGUUAAUGUUAAUGGUGAAUGUCUUAUGAAUACCGCUGACCAGUUGGUGUUAAGAGCCUCUGCUAUGCCGCUGUCCAAUUGGUAUGAGGAGCGCUGCGAGAGCACUAUCAAUUUUCUGCACUGAAAUCGUGGUAAACCGUGAGUUUGGCUGCUUGCAAUAAAUUCUUUGCGAUCAUAUCUGCGACGGAUAAUCUGCGAGUGAGAAUAUAAUCCUUUUUUUGGAAUCGAUUUGAAUAGUUUUUCCCGCCAUUCAUGAAGCUUUUGUACUUCAUAAUCCCUGACGUACAUUAUAGAUAAACGUAUUAAUUUACUUCUGAAUUUAGAUUUGAUGAUUUAUCGUCUUCUAUAGAUUAUCUAAAUUACGACUUAGUAAUUGUGCAAUGGUGUACGAAACUCGAUAAUUGGUCGGGGGGACAUUUUCAUAUAUUCAUGUUCUGUCGUAUUAAGUUGUUUUAAAAUCAAUUGUUUCCUACGAAUUAAGACAUGCGUAGAUGAAUGAAUAUGUGCCCCCCCCCCCAAUUAACGAGUUUCCCACGUUAGUGAUGUGUAUUUCAGAAUUUAAACACUUUUUUUGAAAUGAUUGUUUUGUUGUUCGUUGAAAUACUUUCACGAGACACUUUCUUUAAGAAGAGCCUUUUUUUCAAAGAUAUUUUUUACGCGUUCACACCCUUCACCUCUUUGAGUUAUGUCCGUGCGUCAUGGCAAGACUGACGCACUUGCUGGUUUCUUAGUUAAUACUGAAUAUGGAAAAUUUUUACCGUUUGUUACCGGUUAAACCGAAUGAAUCUGUUCAGCGCGUUAAAUGAAUUCAAAAGUAAAAAAUGACUUCAAACAGAAACUUGAAUAAUGUUGCCAUCAACUACAUUUUUACGUAAAAAGUAAAAAAUGACUUCAAACAGAAACUAGAAUAAUUUUGCCAUCAACUACA